AUAUGAGUGUGUGCGUGUGUAUGUGAGUGUGCGGGUGUAUGUGAGGGUAUGUGUGCGGGUGCAGGUAUUUGUGUGUGCGGCUGUAUGUGAGUGUGUGUGCGGCUGUGCGGGGCUGUGUGUGCGGGUACGGGGGUGUGUGAGCGUGUGUGUAUAUGUGAGUGCAUGGGUGUAUAUGUGAGUGCGUGCGGGCGCGGUGUGUCCCGUGCCGCCCGUCCCUCGCGGGCGCGGAGCCCCGGUCACACUCGGAGCCGGGGCCGCCCCCGGGCGUGCGGGGCGGGACGCGGGGCUGCCGCCCGCCUUUGUCCGCGCCGGUUCCAUCCGCGCCCGGAGCCGCUCGGGGCUCGCCGGGCUCACCCUCCGCCGGGAAAGGGGUUUUCGUAUUUCCACCCUGUGCCCGCCGUCCUUCGGCGUUAACUUAUCCCGAGUUACCGGGAAUUCAUUUCUUCCCGGUCUGUGCGAGUGUCCCCGCGCCCUGCACACGGGUUUCCUCGCGAACCCGCCGGCUAUUAUUUAUAUCGUCGCAGACGUGUCUGGGCGAGGGCCGUUUGCUCGGACAGCCCCGCUCGCCCAAACUUUCUUGCCGCAGGCGAUGGUUCGCCGUGGGGCCGUUCGCCUCAGCCCGUUACUCCGGUGGGAUCACAGCCUAUCUCGGUGUCUCAUCAUUUUUCACGCGGGGAGGGCUCGUGUGGUUUCCUGGGAUGGAUCGGAAACAAAAAUGAGCUGUGAAAAUGAGUUUGUGCAGUGUUAAAAAUAUCCUCGAGGUGGUCAGGUCUGCUGUGGGCACGGAGUUGCUGCCUAAAUGGGUCCAGUCAUGCCUCCCAGUAAGAAGCCAGAGGGCUCAGGGAUUAGUGUUCCCAGCGGAUUGAGCCAGCGUUACCAAGACAGUGAUUUAUCAAAGGCACUUCACGAUGAUGAGGACCUAGAUUUCUCUUUGCCUGCCAUCAGAUUAGAUAAAGGGGCCAUGGAAGAUGAAGAACUGACUAAUCUAAACUGGUUACACGAGAGCAAGAACUUGCUGAAAAGCUUUGGGGACUCGGUAUUAAGGAGCGUUAGCCCCGUUCAGGACAUCGGUGAUGACACGCCGCCAUCUCCUGCCCACUCUGACAUGCCCUAUGAUGCCAAGCAGAACCCCAACUGCAAACCUCCUUAUUCCUUUAGCUGCCUCAUAUUUAUGGCCAUCGAGGACUCACCAACCAAAAGACUGCCUGUAAAGGAUAUAUACAACUGGAUCUUGGAACACUUUCCGUAUUUUGCAAACGCACCCACUGGAUGGAAAAAUUCUGUGAGACAUAAUCUAUCCUUGAAUAAGUGUUUUAAGAAAGUGGACAAAGACAGAAGUCAGAGUAUUGGAAAGGGGUCUUUGUGGUGUAUAGACCCAGAAUAUAGACAAAACCUCAUUCAGGCUUUGAAAAAGACUCCCUAUCACCCAUACUCGCAUGUGUUCAGUACACCUCCCACCUCUCCUCAGGCAUAUCAAAGCACAUCAGGUCCACCCAUUUGGCCAGGAAGCACCUUUUUCAAGAGAAAUGGAGCCCUUCUGCAAGAUCCUGACAUUGAUGCUGCCACUGCCAUGAUGCUUUUGAAUUCUCCCCCUGAGAUACAAGCAGGUUUUCCUUCAGGAGUGAUACAAAAUGGAGCUCGAGUUCUGAGUAGAGGAAUAUUUCCUGGAGCCAGGCCAUUGCCAAUCAACCCUAUAGGAAGCAUGGCUGUUGCAGUAAGAACUAGUUGGAAAUCUUUCAAAAUGAAUGGAAUAACAAACUGCCGUAUGCGGACAGAAAGUGAACAGUCCUGUGGCUCUCCAGUUGUCAGCGGUGACCCGAAGGAGGAUCACAACUACAGCAGUGCCAAAUCUUCCAGUCACAGGAGCACAUCACCUGCUAGUGACUCCAUUUCCUCUUCCUCUGCUGAUGACCAGUAUGAAUUUGCAACUAAAGGUAGCCAAGACAGCAGUGAAGGGAGUGAAGUUAGCUUCCAGAGCCACGAGAGCCAUAGUGAAACAGAAGAGGAGGACAAAAAGCAAAAUCGGAAGGAGACCAAGGAUUCUUUAGCUGACAGUGGGUAUGCAUCCCAGCACAAGAAAAGGCAACAUUUAAUGAAGGCGAAAAAAGUACCGAGUGACACACUGCCUCUUAAAAAGAGACGUACAGAAAAGCCCCCUGAGAGUGACGAUGAGGAGAUGAAAGAAGCAGCAGGAUCGCUCCUGCAUUUAGCAGGAAUUCGAUCCUGUUUGAACAACAUCACCAAUCGGACGGCAAAGGGGCAGAAAGAGCAAAAAGAAACCACAAAAAAUUAGAACAAAUAAGUGAUUUGUUUGAACUUACAAAGUUUUGUUUCAGCACGUCAGGUGAAUUCUAAUGAUUUGUGGCAAUAUCAGCAACUUUUUCCUUUUUUGUUUAUAUUUGUUUUGUUUCUUUCCCUUUUUUUUUUUUUUUUGGACCCUUAAGAUUUUUAUUUUAAAGGAGAUUGAAGCCAUAGAACUCAUACUGACACUCAGCUAAUUUACAAAAGCUUUUCAUUACCUGAAGACAAAAAGUUAAUUAAAAAAAAACGCCAAAAUCGCCAUUGCUUUCUCCGGCUUGUCAAAAAUGCAUGGUUGAAUACUCAGUGACAUCAACAUUAAUGUGAUGGGAGUAAAAUUGGGCACUUGGAAAUCCCUCUUCUACUAGAAGAGUUGUGCAUAAUUUAGUAAUCAUUCAGGCCUGGCCCCUAAGAAUUUUUUUCUAAUGGCCUUAUGAUUGAGUUAGAAGUGAAUGUGAAUAAAGAGAUUUGAGAGAAAGAGGAGGCACGUACUUCUCGACACCAAACCAAGAACCAUCUGGUGGCACUUGGAUACAUUGUGCCAUAGAAGUCUUUGGACAGCCACUGGUGGCAACUGCGCAAGCCGUAAUGCACUUUUAGUGCUUCACGUACUAUAUGUGGCUUAUAAUGUGAAGACUGAUAUCUUUAAGGUUGGGGAAAUCUGAACUAUGUAUGCAAUGGGUUUCAGUGAAAUAAUGAGAAGAAAUGGGGUUGGGCACUGUUAGUAGCAUUGUUAAUCAUUGAAUUCUGUCUUCUAUAUUAAAUUAAAAGAAUGUUCAAAAAGCCAUAAGCCUGAAGAUUGGCACUGUGUGCAAAAAAAUGAUAGCUAUUUCUCCUAAACUGCGUGAGUGAAAAGCAAUCAAGUCUAAGAAAUUACAGUAGAUAUUAAGGAAAGAGAUACAUCAGAAUCUUUUUCUGUGGAUCAAAUCCUUGAUCUAACUGGGGAAACAAAGCUACAAAACCUGCCAUUAGUAGUAUUCUGUAUUUAAAAGUCAAAGGAAAGCAUAUUGGUGAACAGUAAAAUUCAGAAGAUCAACAAAAGAGCUCCUACACUGCCCUCAGAAAUGAGUGUGCAGUUGCCGUCAGUCAGGAUUCAUCUGUGCAAAAAUGACAACAGAUUUCCAGAUUCAACCAGCAUAGCCAGCAGAAGAAAUUUGAUCCACAUUGCAUGAAUUCAUUUUGGGAGGGGGGAAUACAAAAAGCAAACAAUUUUUUUAAUUCAAAGAUGACAAAGUUCUUGUAAGGUAAAUAAUGUAUUUAGCAUGAAGCAUGAAUUAUUUUCAUAUAAAUAUAGAAAAUAGAGAAAAAGGCUAUGCCUCUAAUUUUUAAGCCCUUAGGCUUAGAGUUUGGUUUUUUUGGGUUUUAUUUUUUUGUUUGUUUUGUUUGUUUUGGUUUUGGUUCUUUUCUGUUGUUGGGGUUUUUUUGAAGCAGGUGUUUUAAGGUUUAACCUUCUUCAGGGACAAACACUGACUGUUUGGGAACUUACUCUGCAAUAUUAAAAAAUAAAAUCUUCAUGCUCUGGUAGGGCUUGGAUGGUUGAAUUAUACUGCCUUGUCUGCACAUUCAGCCCCCCUCUCCCUACUCCUCUUUAAAAAAAAAAGAAAAAAAAAGAAAAAAAAAGUAAAAGUGUGUCCUUUCUUCGUCUGUACAUGUGUAACAUGACGCAAUAAUCUGAGGGCAUAUUUAGUAGUGAGUGUGUAUGACAGAAUGUUCAAGAGAAUAAUGGGAGGUUAAUUGAGGAAAACUGUUAUGAUUUGAUUCAGGAAUAAGUAGACAAGAAAAUAGCUUUGCUAAUUUGCCAUGAGAAAAUGAAGUUAGUAAAGAGCCUUACUGAGGUGUCCAGAGGAAAAACAGUGUUACAGAGAGUGUGAUUCAAGUAUAGUGCUACUCUCCUGGCAAUGACAGCUGUUAGAUUGGAGAUCCCUACAGCAGAGGGAAGCUGUGAAGUAAAUUAGACAGUUUCUCUCACCUGGAUUGAUGGAUUUGGCAUGAAAAAUUCUACACUUAGAAUAUCCUAGAGGCAAGAAAACAAUCCCAGGAACCAACCACUUAACAGAACAAAAUGGCCUUUUUCUUAAUUUUGCAGCAAUUGUGCCAAGAUGGACCUAGUUUGUGAAGAGUGACUUAGAGAAGGGUUUGACUUCCCAUUUAGUGGAGUGAACUGAAAAUGGCAUUUGGAGAUGCCCAUGGUAUGCGUUCAGUGAGGAAGUGGAAGGACUGAAGGACAGGCUGGUCUGGACCUGUUCCUGUGCUCCACAAGCAUUUUGUCAGAUAAAAAGCAGGGCAAUGCUGAGGGCAGUACAGCAAAACAGCAGCUCUCCUCUCACCUCACCUAGCAUGUCUGGGAUCCAGGAGUGGCCUGAUAGCUGCUGGAUCCCAGCAGAACUGCCAGCUAUGCAGGUAAGGAAGGAGACAGGCAAGGAUAAUGCAGGGAACAGCUCUGCGCUCCCGUCAGUUUGCUGAGGCAGAUGUGUGCAGGGUUGAUUCCCUGCAUUGGUUAAGCAAGGACUUUAUGGGUACUAUUGUUGGCUGCCUGCAGGCCUUAAGAUGAGGAACAUGGGAAGGAGCGGUCCCUUGGCCAGGCAGCACAGAGUUGAAUGAGCUGUAGCUUUUCCCUUGUGUGAUUGGACUGGGAUAAUUGGCUUCUUUCCAGAUCCGUGCUCCCUACAGCCAGAGUCCGCAGGCAUUGAAGCACACAAGCCCUGCACAGAAAAAUUUGGUCAUUCAUCUUAUUACAGACUUCGGAGAGAGUCAUUUGGAAUAUAAAAUAUUACAGUAUCAUUUUGCUGCCAUCUUUGCUCAUUAAUGCUUAGUUGUACCAGCUAGAGAGUGGUUUAAUAUUUAUCAAAAAGCUAAAAUGAUAAGUUAAAUUUAGUGGUAGAAAAUAGACUCAAAAGCAUGGCUCAGCCAUCUCUGUCCUCCAGAGAAAGUGAUGUGGUUGUGUGCUGGUGGCCAGAUUCUGUCCACAGUAACAACACUAACUCCAGAGCAACUUCACCAGUUGUGGUGUUCCACUGCAAAUGAGUACCAUUCAUUAAUGUGGACUCUUGGUGGCUAAAUGUAAAAUAGCCACUAGUAUUAUUCACCUUAGGAACAGUCAUUUUGCAUAAAUAUCUAAUUAGUCAGGUUAUCUAUCUAUAUAUAUAUAUAAUCUAUCUAAGACUUCAACAACUCCUCUAUAUACUUGCUGGUAUACCUAAAAUGUUGACAAGUAUCUAUUUUCAUGUAAAAUUUGUUGCUCCUAGCGUGAUCUGCUAGGGAGAUAUCAUUCAGUAAGAGUUUGCAAAGAUGGCGUUCAGGAACCAGCAGUUUGGCUGAGGGCUAAUGCUAUCAACAGAUUAUUUCUGGAGUUUAAAAACAACCUGUCCAUACAGAUCCUGAAUCUGACUAUUGAUAAGAAGUACUGAAUUGGUUUAUAUAAAAUAUCUAGGAGUCACCUCUUAAAAUAAUUUUGUGCCUGGCUGACAGUGACAGCUUUGUCAGAACUGGUUCUACUCCGUCAGAAAACUCUUUUUCAUAGGAACGGAGACCAGUUCGUUUUCUGGAAAAAAAUACAAUGUCAGCUUUUCAAUCCAGUUGUCUCUACGUUGACUGAAUCAUGCCAAAACGGAGUGGUAAUCGCACUGUAUUACGAACUCUCUCACUUGCCAGACAUGACGUGGUUUGGUUCUGCUUGUUUGCUUUCCUUACUAAGCCAUUUUGGGGUGAGAAGUCAUCAGAUUUCUAACUUUCCAUUUUCCUCACUCUAUCAGUUUUGCCAAAUUAGCAUUUCUCCAAGACAGGUGGGGGCUAGGGGAAUCCCUGUAGGUCAGCGAGGGUUCAGUGGCAAUUUUCACGUAGGCGGCAAUUGUAAGUGUCGCUCAGACUUCACGGCAGGUUCCUUUGGAAUAUGCCUUUUGCAGUAAGAAGCUCAUGCAGGCUAGAGCUAAUGCCACAAGCAGAUCUCACUGACGUCUGCAGGGAGGUGAAAUCUGCCAGUCGUGCUUGCAUUCAGCGAGCAAUUCGAUGUCCUACUGCAUUUUAAUGCAGAUUUUGCCUGCGUUUAAAAAUUCAGCCAUGGGUCUUGAACAGCUUUAAUGUAUCGCUCCGUGGCCGUUUCUGAGAGCGGUCUGAUUCUGGUCUUCUCCUGGCAAAACCAUCAGUAGUUAUACUCGAUCACAGGGUUUUACAGCUGAGAAGCCUGAUGUGGGAGUGAGGCAGUGUGCUGUGUAGGACUAGAGAACUGUCCUGUGACUGUUUUGUCUUCUCACCGGCAAUUCAGCUGAGGUCCUUGUGCUGGUUCCUCGCUUACCAUAACGGGAGAAGGGAAUCCCAAAGGAGAUGGGUUGGUUCCAAGUGCUUCAAUUACUGUUUACCUUUGGAAAAGAUACAGAGAAACUAUGGGGGUUGCAUUCUUCACUGAUGUGAGGUAGGGUUUCAUCAACGGUACUUCAGCAGAGAAUGAAAUCCUGAAUUUUACACCGAAUGGCACCAAGGAUAAAAUUACCAGAACAACACUUUGUCCCAUUUUCUUGGUAGCCACAAUUGAUUUUCGUUGAGAUCUUGGCUCCCAAAUCAUCUAAAGAAGUAGAUGGGCACAAUUUGAGAUUUUUCUUCGAUCUGAAGGUGUCUGACUUUUGCAGUCAGCAGAGCUACAGACACCCAAGUGCUCCUUGAAAUCUUACCCUUUCACUAUUAUGACCAUUUUUCCUUGAAUUUGGCCCUAGGCACUUUUUAAAACGUUGCUCUGCCAUGCUCCAGGAUCAGAAUACAACUGUGCAGAGAAUGCGUUUCCAAUGUCAGAUGCAAUCCAAUUUACUUCACUUCAUGGAGAAUGCAAACGCAGCUCCUUCAGGUUUGUCUCUACUGCCUGAGCAGCUCAUUGGCAUAUUUUAUAGGAGAUAACUUUGAAACAUUUUCUUGACUUUGCCACCAAAAGAGCAUUUGAACCAUGCAUCCUCUUGAUUGUAACAGAGUAUCAGUGUUGACUGUCUGACCAGUUAAGUUUUACUAGUGUUCUUCACAGCCCUCCAGUAAUAUAUCAAACACUGUUAUGCACAUAAUGCAGCACUGUGAUCUAAUUUAAAUAAUACUUUUUUUAUUAUUUAUACUACUCUGUAAUAUACAUCAACACUUUGCUAUAUAACCUAAGUGAUAACCCUCUUCUUAGUUAUCUGCCAAACUUUGAAUUUCUGUUUGGUUUAUAUUGCAGUUAGCACAGUUACCAAGUUGUAAUGAUGUCUCUUUUCCUUUGAAACGGAAUGUGUAAGUCCAACUAUACAUUUUGUGUGUUUCUGUUUUGAGCUGGAGUUCGUAAGGAUUUACACACAACAUUCGGUGUUCUGUAUAAAUCUGCAUACAUUUGUGAAUUCAUCUGUUAAUCCCCUUUUAUUUAGAAAGUAUUAAUUGAUGGUGGUUUAUUAGGGGUUUUUAUUUUUGCAUUUUUAAUUUUAGUACUGGUCAUUCUUGAAUUAAGCAGAGACUUGUCGGCUGGGUUGCUUUAUCUUUGAUCAUGUACAUGACCUUAUAAUUCUUCCACAGUUCAGCAAACAAGUACUAGCUUCACCGACCAAAAAAAAAGGUCUCAACCUAACGUGUCUAUGGUGCUGUAUUUUGCUGGUGAACAUUUAAAACCAGAAAUGUUUUAAAGGUCGCUUCAGUUGUUCUAAGAAGUAGCCUUUCCUGGUUUGGGGAGUUUGGGUUUUGUUUUGUUUUAGCAUUGAAACAAGGUAUAUUUAUCUGAAGCUAUAUAAUGGGUUUUCUACUGUAUCGCAUUUCCUUUUGCAAUGAGAGGGAGAUCAACCUGAUAAAACACCCUUUCACAGCCAGUGGGAGGGAGUUCUGUUUCACUUUUUUUAUUUUCAGUUGAUUUCAUUGGGCUUUGGAUCAGGUCAGCAGUUCUGGAAGCUCAUCAUCUGAGGGUUUAAGGGAUAAAUGACAACUUGUGCUGGCCCUCACUACCAGAGGGGAUUUUACUGGAUGCUAAAAUUACAUGCUGGAAUCUGGGAUGGCUGAUGAAAUGGGAGUCUUUUUCAUUUGUUUACUCUGGCCUGAAAUACCAAGACUUUCUUUUUUUGUUCAGAUGACAUUCUACUUGAGUACAUUUUUAAGUUGCUAAAGCGUUGUACAUUUCCUGAGUAUGUGUGUGGGACAACAACUGAAAUCACACCUGUAUUUGAUAACCAGUUCCAUGCCUGUAUCAUUCACACUCACUACUUAAAACUGCCAUGUUGUAAAAUGUUGGGGGGAAUGAUUUGUGUGUGUAUGAAAAGCAUUAUGGACUUGUACAUUUUUUUUAUACUCUGAUCUGUAAUUUCUGAAUUAUUUUGUUUUACAGAAAAAAGUGAUAAAGCAAUCAAAAGACCAAGAGAUUUAGUAUCAAUGCUUAAGGGUCACAGGACCUUAACUGGCCAAUAAGUUAAUUUAGUACAGUGAUAAGCCAAUUUUUUUUCCUGUACUUGGCAUCCAAAACUGCCAAUUUCAUCAAUAUUAAAGUAUGAACUGUGAUGGGGAAUGAACAGUGAUGUUAAGUUGUAUUUGUGUUUACCUAAACGAGCAGUCCGAAGGCAAGUGCAAUCAGCUGAUCUUUAGGAAGUAUGAAAAUGUUGAUUUAGAGGCAUACUUGCAUUUUACAUUUUCUUGAUGUGUAAUCAUAUUGCCAAAGACAAACUAUUUCAUCAAUUAUUAUUGUAAAUAACACUUUCCCAAAACCUACCAUAAAGUUUCUGUGAUGUAUUGUCUUCCAGUUGCAAUAAAAAUUACUGAG